GGAAAUCCGAAGCAUCCAUCGUGCAAUGCUCCAAGGGUUACGGUCUAGUCCAAGAAGCAAUCUCUUUUUUUUUUCAUCUCGUUAUUUAUUUAUAUGCUCCAUCACCCCAGCCUCAGUCUAGUUAAUUCAAGUAUAGACCUUAAACGACUCUUUCCUCAUAUAUAGCUCUUUCCCACUAUUCCUACGUGCUGUUGCUUCCUGUCCUGCCAUACACAAUCCCAAUAUUUACUUAAUUUCACUAUGAGUUCCACAGAUCGCGCUGCCUUGAAGAAAUUCGUCAGACAACCUGUCAGCCACGAGAUGGUACACUACUUGGUUGCAACCACCGAGUCCAUCAUCAAAGUGAAAGCUCAGACCUAUACUCCCUCAGCUAACAGCUACCCUUCUCCACCCACCACCCCUCCGGCCACAAUCUCCAACAGUCCGCUGAGAAAGAGGGAUGAGUUUAAGUUCACUCCACCUAGCCGCACCUCGCCUAUCUCCCUCACAAACUUCAUCAACAACUUGAUUCACUACUCAAACGUCCAAACGCCCACCUUGAUGUCCUCGUUGGUGUACUUGGUGAGGUUAAGAGCCGUGUUGCCUGCCAACGUCUACGGUAUCGAAACCUCCCGUCACCGCAUUUUCCUUGGGUGUCUCAUUAUUGCCGCCAAGAACUUGAACGACUCCUCGCCGUUGAACAAGCACUGGCAGAAAUACACCGAUGGGUUGUUGACCCAGUUAGAGGUGAAUGAAUGUGAACGCGAAAUUAUCGCCCAUUUGAACUGGUCUUUGAACAUCGAUGAGAUUGACUUGAUCAACGUCUUACAACCGUUCUUGGCGCCUAUCAAGGAAAAGAUUAGAGCCCAAAGAGACCAGAUGAUGUUGAGUCAGAGACAGUCUUAUGCGAUGUCCAAUUCUUCGUCCGCCAGUAGCAGCAUUGCGUCCUCGGUCCGCGGCUCUAUGAACUCGCUUGCCCGGCAAUUCAGCCAGCAAGCUAUUCCACUGCAGAGAAUCACCAAGUCGGCCUCACAACGGAGAAUGAACUUGUCUACCUCGACCAACUCGAUGGCCUCCGCUCCGUCCUUGACGGCCUCCAACUCUAAGAAUAGCCUCUACUCCUCGGCUCUGAUUUCGUCCUCCAGACUGUCUGUCUUCACCCAAAUGAACGGUGCAGCCUCCUGUAACAACUUAACCAACAUCCCUGAAGAUGCCCCCGUCCCUGUGAAGCCAGUGGCUCCCGUCUCUGCCCCGGCGGUUGCCAUCUACAACGAACAAGAAGUCUCGGUGCAACAGCCACCAGUGCAAGGUGAGGGGUUCAAGUGCCGUCCGUUGAGGUUGUCCCAGAGUGUCAAUAAGGCUAGUAUGAACUACAAGUUAAAGGAAUACACGUUGCAGCGCUCUUCGGUGUAUAUGAGGGGCUCCAAUGACUUGGAUGAGGAGGAUGAAAAAGAGAACCAGCCGGCAAUGAGAAACACCAAGCCAAGAUUCAGUUUGAUCAACAUGGACAACCUAGUCAUGGCCGAGUAGAGGUUUCCUCUGUUUGUCUCUCGCUUACAUGGCACUACAUCACUGCAUCUGCGUUCUGGUUCACUACACUUCCGUUCGACUUUUUUUUUUGAUUACUUUCUGGGUGGGUUAUACGGCUGCUUUCUUUUUCUGUAAAAUAUUUUGCAGCAUAAUUUGAUAUUGCAUGGUUAGACUUUCUGUAG